CGGAACACAUGUGACACCCGACCGGCUGCCGUCGCCGUGAAACAAAUAUUGCUGCGUUUCUGUGUUAGUAUCCGACCCUCUUUAGGCUUUCAUUUCAUCCGGAGCGCUUCUCCCUCCACUCUUUUCACUUCGUUUCACUUUACAGAAGAUAGGUAUGCGUAUCGCAUACUGUCAGCCCUUGCGUCUCCUGCUAACUGCCGUAAAUGUUGUUGACAUUCCUCGAUUCCACAUAUCCAUACCCUAGUUUUUAUUAUUCUUUUAUUCUUUCCAUGUUGACUACGACUGCUGCAUAGUUGGCAUUUCAUUUGAAGAAGAGCCCACCACAUGCGGAUUGUCGCUCGUAGCGUUCGGACGUGAUUGUUGUGCGCGCGCGUUGUCGUUGCUUCGCUAUCCACCGGCUCUGCAGGUACUCGUGCGUGAGUGAUAGUUGUUUUGACGGAGAUCACAGCGGUGAAUUCAUAGGAUUACAGUGAUACUGGAUGCUAAUCCACAAGGGAAACCCAUCCAAACAAAUGAUGUGCUAAUAGUGAGUGCGUGUGAGGAAAAGGGCAACAGCAGUGUGAUACGGUGAUAGUUGUACAAUUUACUACGGUGACCGGAAAAUGUUGGAAUUCUAUCACAACAUAGGCCUCAAUUCAGGAAUAACACAGGGACAAACAACGGAAUCAAAUUUGCAAGAUUGUCCUACUGACAGUAAUGAGCGAACAGACAUUGUUGGUACCAUCAAAAGCGAAAAGACGCAGGAAAUCUGCGAAGGAUGCGGCCAGAAAAUCAAAGACCGAUACUUUAUGAAACUCUCCCCGGACCAGUACUGGCACGAACAGUGCCUUCUUUGCUGCAUCUGCCACAUCCAGCUCAACCAGUCCUGCUACAUGAAAAACACCAAACUCUACUGCAAAGACGAUUACUAUCGAAUUUACGGCCUUUCGCCAAUGCAGCACCAACAGCAGCAACAAAGUGUGUCUCGCGAUUGUUAUGGAUGUGGUGAACGAAUUGCGCCCAACGAAAUGGUUAUGCGGGCGAAAGCGCUAGUCUACCACCUGAAUUGCUUUCUCUGCUAUACCUGCAACCGGCCUCUCCAAAAGGGUGAACCAUUCUCAUUGCGAGCCGGCAAGCUCAUUUGCCAACAUGACCUGGAGAAAGACAUGUACAGUACCUUGCAUCCGAUGCAUCCACAUCACAAUCAGCACACGUUGUUCAGCGAAGACGACUAUUUGCUGGAGGACGGUUUGCGGUCCCGAGACGGCCGGCGUGGCCCCAAACGACCGCGGACCAUACUGACGUCGGUGCAACGGCGCCAGUUCAAGGCAUCGUUUGACGUUUCGCCCAAACCCUGCCGGAAAGUUCGGGAAGCGCUUGCCAAGGAUACCGGCCUUUCGGUCCGAGUUGUACAGGUGUGGUUCCAAAAUCAACGAGCCAAAAUGAAGAAAAUAUCCCGGAAGAGCAAAGCGGCACAAAGCAACGGUAACAGCGAUGGCGACAAAAGCCAUUCGGAUAAGGAGGAUAAAUCCAUCAAGUUGGAAUCGCCGGUGAGCGAUCACAGUCAUUAUCUGGGCGUGGAUGGAUCGUUUGGAUCGACUAGUCAACCCCUGAAUCCAAAUCUACCUUAUUCACCAGAUUUCCCGGAAAAUUCGGACGCCAGCAUGUGCAGCAGUGACAUUUCGCUGGACGAGAGCUUCGACAACUUGGACGAGGCGACGUCGGACACCAUGUCGCUGCAGAACUUGGACCUACAAACGAGCCUGAACAGCAGCAGCAAUAGCAACAAUAGCACGAAAAAUACCAACACCAGUGCAAGUUUAGUCAAUCACAACAAUAACAACAUCAACGGUCUCAUGCCGGGAACCAACAUCACGCACAUAGAUAAGCUAUACCUGAUGCAAAACUCGUAUUUCAACGGCACUUCCAUUGAACAAUGAUGUGGGCGGAAAAUGAUGAGCAGAGUUUUGUAAAGGAAAAAGUUUUGUAAUCGGCAGAAAUUGGGAUAUAACAAACGUAGGCAACCUUAAAAUAAUUUUUAAAGGCCCAAUGGUUCAAAAAAGUUAUGUUCUUUUUUAAGCAAUGAAGGCAUGCGCGAAACUUAUAUUUCUUUACAGAUGAUCCAAACCAUGUUAGGACAAAUUUAUCACCAUGAUCUGAUUAUAUUGUUUGGGCCAUUAGAUACCCUUAUUUAACGUGAAUAUUAAAGCUAGUCAAUAACAAGUGAACAUAUAGAUGGCUGUAUUUCAUUCUUCUGCAUGCUAAGCAAUGGAUAGUUUAGAAAAUUCAACUACUUAACUAAGUUAUACGCCCUAAAAGACAGGUUAGUAUUUUCCGUACCAUUAAAAUACUAUGUUGAUACAAACGAAGUUUUUGUAAAUAUUGCAAUAGAUUGAUACAAAAUUUCAGUGGAAAAAAGACUACUACAUUGAAAUUUUUGUUUGUUAGAUACACAUUAUUUAAGCCGAAACCCACACAGGAAACAAGUCAUUUGGUAUAGUGAGUAACUACAUAAAACAUCCAUAAUAAGCAAUGUAAAAUUUUAGGCAAAGUAAACUUAUUUCAACCGA